GUGCCGAGGGCGGGCGAGGUGCGGCUGGCGUGGCGGGCAGGAGGCAGCGCCCUGCCCCCGAUUUCAGCUCUUUCUGCGUUGUUUUCUUGCCUAGAAAGCAGAGGCCGGAGGGCUCGGCGGAUCCCGGCCAUGUUGUGAGGGAGGGAGGCUGCAGGACGCCGCUGGGAUCCGGGUACCGCGGGUGUGCCUGAAGGAAUCGCUCUUCUCUCGGCCCUGCGAGGCGCUGGAAUCAUGGCAAGUCCAAGAACAAGGAAAGUCCUCAAGGAAGUCAGAGCACAAGAUGAGAACAAUGUCUGUUUUGAAUGUGGUGCAUUUAACCCCCAGUGGGUGAGUGUGACCUAUGGAAUUUGGAUCUGUCUGGAGUGCUCAGGAAAACACCGAGGCUUGGGAGUUCACCUCAGUUUUGUGCGUUCUGUAACCAUGGACAAGUGGAAGGAUAUUGAGCUGGAGAAAAUGAAAGCGGGAGGUAACAGCAAAUUCCGACAGUUCUUGGAGUCUCAAGAUGAUUAUGAUCCAUGCUGGACAAUGCAAGAGAAAUACAACAGCAAAGCUGCAGCUCUGUUUAGAGACCAGGUAGCUACAGUAGCUGAAGGCAAGGAGUGGUCCAUUGAAACUUCUCCUGCCAGGAACUGGACCCCACCUCAGCCUAAAAUGUCUCUGUCUUCUGCUCACCGUUCUGCUGGACAAUCUCAGACUGCAGCUGCCUCUUCUGACAAGGCUUUUGAAGACUGGUUAAAUGAUGAUGUCAGCUCCUACCAAGGUGGCAGUGGCCAAGAGAAUCGCUAUGUGGGGUUUGGAAACACAGUAAACCCUCCAAAAAGAGAGGAUGACUUCCUGAAUAAUGCCAUGUCCUCAUUGUACUCGGGAUGGAGCAGUUUUACAACUGGAGCAAGCAAAAUUGCCUCAGCUGCUAAAGAGGGUGCUACCCGAUUUGGAUCUCAAGCAAGUCAAAAGUUUUGGGGCUACAAGCAGCAGCCAGAGCCGGCUUCAGAGUUAGGUCAGACAUUAAAUGAAAAUGUUCUCAAACCUGCACAGGAAAAGGUGAAGGAGGGGAAACUAUUUGAGGAGGUCACCACGGGGGUAUCGCAGUUGGCCAGCAAGUGCUUUUGUCAAGGAAGUCUAGGAGAGAAUUCAAAAGAUGUUGCAACAAUGGGUGAAAAACCUAAACCUGACCUACUUCCCACCUCUUCCAGCAGCACAGUGCUGUCAAAUGUUCAGGGAGCUGGGAGUAGGGGAUGGAGAGAUGUCACCACUUUCUUUUCAGGCAAAGCAGAUGAUAAUACUGACAGACCAGCUGAGGGAGACAGCUACCAGAACAGUGGAGGGGAGGGCUACCAGAACAAUGCUGUAGAUCAAAGCUUCUGGGAGACCUUUGGCAACUCAGAUGCACCAAAAGCUCAUAAAUCUCCAAGCAGUGAGAGCUGGACCUAUGUGGACAAUUCCACAGAGAAGAAGAGCUCGGAUAGCUGGGACGUGUGGGGCUCAGGAACAGUCUCCAACAAGAACAGUAACAGCGACAGCUGGGAAAACUGGGAGACCAACUGGGAGAACACAGGAGGGGAGAGCAAGACCAGAAAACCUUCUAAGGCAACAAAAAAUGUGUGGGAUGAAUUUUAGAACUGUGUUAACCCUGCUCUGCACAGCAGCAGGGAAAAGGAGGCUGUGCUGGUUUGAUGGAGGGGAGGAAGUUUUACACACACCUGGAGUAUCAUGGCUGACCUUUCUGAUCUGUUUGUGCUUCCCAUUCAUUCUCCUUCCGUAUACCCUGGUAUAGGGAAAAAAAAAGUAGCAUCUGAAUCUUUUCUUACAUAAAGGUGGCUCUCACUUUUUUAAGGAUAGUGAUAAGUAUAUUCUCCUUGCACUGUUGGAGCUGGCUACAGCAACUUUCUUAACAAAAAUAUUAAAGGAAAGAAAUCUGUGCAAGGACACUUCCAUGGCACAACCUUGCAUGUGUAGGUUAAUAGGUGUUCAUCCAGUCCUCAUCUAAUUUGAGAUUUGGGGUGUUUAAUGCAAAGAAAGGACAGGGUUUGACUUGGAAAGACAGCCACUAACUGGGCAGGCUGCAGUUGGAUACAUCGAGUUCUAAUGCCUUAUGGAUUGCUCUGGCAAUUCAAGAUGGUCUUUAACAUAUUUUUUAUUGGAGCUUUGUUUUUAAACAUUCUGACAUUAUUUUUUUUAGUAGUUGAAAACUUAUUUUUCUCCUUUAGAAUUCAGAAGGAAUCUAGAGCUAGAUAAUUAUUUGUGUAAACUUGUAUGUUUGACCUGAGCUCUCAAGGGAUAUCCAGAAUGGCUCUACUUGCCCACCUUACUCAAUUGAUUGAGUUUGCACUCAAUUGUAGUUUCUGCUACACAGAAAAGCAAAGGUGUUGUGUUUUCCUUCCUCACCUACGCCCUUGCCCCAGUUUGAGUAUUUUAUGUACUCUUUUUUCUCUUUCUUCCUUCUACCUGUGUAGUAUUUUGUUAUGCUGGUAAAAAAUGAAGUCUUUUUGCUGCUUAUGUCCUUCUGGACAUGUGUUUGGCAACCUGGCAGUGAAAGAAAAAAUUAUAAAGAAGAUUCCAGCAAGGAAAAAUAGGUGGAAAAUACAAGAACGUUGAGGAAAAAGCCUGGCAGCAAGCCCCUUUCAAGAUGAGUCAAUGUCUGGAUUUAAUAGUAAAAUUUAAUUUAAACAGAUGUUUUCCAAAUGAUUCUUUAGUGUGUCAAGCUGUAUCUCUGUUUCUGUCAUAUAUUUCUCUACAUUUUUUCCUGGAACUUGUUAAAGAAACACUACUUUGGAAACAUGAGAAACUCUUGGUCAGCAUUAAGGACUGGAACAGGAGAUUCAGUCAUGUGUCAGUUUUGACCCAACAAUUCGCUUUGCAUGACACGAACCAUAACUUCUAGAGAUUGUGACUUUAAACAGCAAAGAUGUCAUAGGUAUCCCAUUUUAUUUUGGGGGAUGGGUUGUGAAUUACCCUGAGCACGAAAACAGUCAGCUCACUUGAAAACUCAAAUCAUGAUGUUCUCUGUGGUUUGCUUUUCCAGCAUGGAGUUCUUUUUGUGAGCCUUGUAGAUCCUAUUACUUACCUAAAAAGCCUUUUCAUUUAAAACCUGGUUAAUUUGUUCAACAACCGACUGAAGGUGUCAAAAUUACCUUAAAUAACACUCCACUUCUUUUACUCCUCAUGGAGGUUUUUGAGCAGAUAGUAAUAUCAACAGUUUUAAAAGGAAAGAAAAUUAAUUUCCUCAUAAGUAGCAGAUUUUAAAGGUUUAAUUCUGAGUAGAAGUAGCUCUGUUUACAGCCUGAGUCUGUAUUUGUAUUCCUGGGAUCUUUCAGAUGGUGAACAGAAUAUUUUUCCAGUCUUCUCUCGCCUGUUCUGUGAGAGCUGGGAUUUCUUUUUCCCCCUUGCCUCUCCUGAGAGUGUGGUCUGAAGCUGGUGGUCUCUGAGCCUCUGCAGCAGGACCCAGAGCUGCUCAGAGCCAAGUGCUGCUCCAGGCUGAGCCAUCCCAAGGUGUCCCUGCUGUCACACACCCUGUGCAAGUGCCAAAGGCACGAGAGCUCUUUGUUUGCAGUGCUGUUCACGGUACCACUGGCACCAGUUCACAGCCUGACUAAAAGGAUUUUUUUCUACUUUUUCUCCAGUUCCGAGUAUAACUUUGUCACAGCUUAGCUGCAUGUCAAACAUAACUUUGUUUAUUUUUAUGCUUACACCUCUGUUGCCUCCUUGUCAAUGUGUAUGCUGCCCAGUCUGAAGCAGAUUCAGCUUCUUCUGUGCAAGUUUAUUACAGUUUCUCUUUCAUAAACCUCUUGAAAUGGCUUGUGGCAGGAGAAUCUUUAUUUCAGUCCACUCAGUCACUGGUAUUGUGAUGUGUGUGUGCACGUUCUCCUCAGCUGUGGGCUUUGCCUGGGACAAAAGUGGUUUAUUUAUGUAUCACUUGCAGCCACAAUUGGCAUGAGCCAUUUGUUUGUUCUUUUGAUUUGAUUUUUGUAGCUUUUGAAACUUUUAUGUUCUAAAUCAAACAGCCAGAGCCCUGCUCAGGCAGAAGCUUUGGGUAAGGACUUUUCCUCCAGUUGAGACAGGGACAGAACAGUUGCCAUCUCUCUCGGCAGUGUUGUAGGGAAGCAACAAAGUACUACAACUGACAGAAAGAUGUUAUUGGAAGAUCCAAAUAAACCAAUAUAAUGGCAGAAGGUGUAACUGCAGACACAAAACCUGUGUGCCACCUGGCCAGUUUGAUGGGCAGAUGGGCAUUUUUUAAUGACUUUUCUGAGCCUGAAUGUGUGAUCAUGCCUUCCAGAGGAGAGGACAAAACAAAGGCAUUUUCUUUUUUUGCACACCCACUGUUUUAUUGAAUUUUACUUUUUUUUUUUUUCAGAGUAGGUAGCUGGGAGGUUUCUGCACUGUGAAGAAAAUCCCAUCAAGUUGCAUGUGCAGAGCAAGUGUUUAUGAAUCAGACUUUCUUAUUUUUAAAUUCCUCCUCCUCUCCCCAAACCCUCCCCUUUUGGCCUGAUGAGGAGCAGAGGCGUUGAGAGGAGGCUGCUGGAGCUGAGGCUGCCUGGCUGAGUGAGGAUCCAGCCGUGGAUCUGAGCCUGUGCCGUGGCAGGGCCGUGGUGUCACCGUGGGCUCUGCCUGGGCAGGGAGACCAGGGCUCUGCUCCCCUCCAUCCCCUCCCUGAGUCACAGGUUUAAACUGCCAGGAGAUUUCAGUAGGUGAAAUUGCUGCGCCAGUUGAACAUUGCAGUGGCUUUGCAUUGCAUUUCAAAUCCCCUGGUGACCCAAGCUUUUAUUUCUUUGUAUGGCUUCAACUUUGGAAAAUACAGAGCAGCUGGAUUCCUGCAGGUGGUCUGAUACAAGAAAAAUGGCAAGAAAUCAAACUAAGUGCCACUUGCAAAACAGUGAAAGUCUUGGAGAAUGCUCCCAGACAUAAUUCUGGGAGUUAGUGAUUGUUUUAAAAUAUUUUAUUUGUGUAUUGAAACCUAUUAAUAAUGAGUACAAUUCAAGAAGUGCUUGGCCAGCUCUCCCUCGUGGUUGAGACCUCAAGGACAAUGCUGCUGCUUUUAUUUUCCAGGCCAGACUGUAACAUUCCAUGGGUUCAUAAUGUACUUGUCAGUGUAAUGGUCUGUGCAAUAAUUUAACAAGUGUAGAUAAAACCUUUGUUUAAUCCAGGAUACAUUUAAAGAUACAGUGAUCAUCUUGGAGAAUAGCAGUCUACACAAGUACUUCAGUAUUUCUUAGUUUAUUCUGGCUGAAAUACUAAAUUUCAGUGACCCAGGUAAAGGUUUGAGCAAUCAGUGAUUUAAACAAAUUAACAUUUCCAUGGCCAUUAUUAAGAGUUUGGUCCUAAUGGCUGAGUGGCCUCUAGCUGCAGAACCCUCUUCAUUUCCAUGCCAGCAGAAACUUGGUCAGUCUGGAGUACUGUAUCUUUAAUUUUCCUGCAGUGUUUUUUUGUGAAGUUCACAGGAAUGGCAAUUUCAGUGAACACUAUUCAUUGUUCUGUAGAGUGGUUCUGGACUUGAACUGCAGUGUCAUCUUUUAAAAAGUAUUAUAAUAAAGCAAAGAGAUCUGGA